CUGACGCAUUGACGUCACGACGCAGUGCGUUCCGGUGACGACGGCACGAAGGAGCGGUGCAGGUUUCCCCGGAGCUGCUGGAGACGCAUUCUGAUCUCUCACCUUUUUGGCAUUUGUUCACUGGCCCCAUGAUUGAGAAAAAUUUUGAAAUGUGGACCUUCACGUGAAAGGGUUGGAGACCCCGAUGAAGAGGAAACUUUAUGUUCUGUCCUUGCAGAUUCUGCAAAAUGUUGUGGUACCGGUCCUCAAAACUGGUGAAAACAUUGGCAUUGACACAUGAUGGUGCUUGUGCGUGGAAGCGAUGCCCAUGGGAGAGAACUCGAUGGUUAUCUUAUUCAGCUGUUCAUCGUAUCAUUGAAAAAGACAAAAAUAUAGGCUGUAACAGGCAAUUGUCCUCAUUGUCAGUAGCAUUUGAGGGUAAUGGAGUGUUUCAAAGCCACAUUGUUUCUCACCGAAGGACACUGUCAUUAUCUUCAUGUGUGUCUGUGUCUGCGUCAGCAGUUUCAACUCCUCAUCCUGGCUGGUAUGAAAGCGUUGCAGACUCGGUGCCUGUUCAACUAACGCAGGACCUCCUGACUAAUGUGCAGCAGGUCACAGGACUACCAUGGUGGGCAAACAUAAUUUGUACCACUCUGGCAUUGCGAGCCACUGUGACAUUCCCACUAGCUAUUUACCAGAUGUACGUUAUUGCCAAGGUUGAAAAUUUACAGCCAGAGAUUGCAGAAUUAGCCAAGCGACUGCGUUAUGAAGUAUCUGUGCGUGCAAAGCAAGUUGGAUGGACUGAAAAGGUGGCUCGUUUUCGCUUCAGGAAGAAUCUUCACAGGAUUAUCUCUGAGCUGUAUGUACGUGACAACUGUCAUCCUUUCAAAGCCAGUCUACUGAUCUGGAUCCAGUUGCCGUUGUGGAUUCUCAUAUCUGUCGCCUUGCGGAAUUUGAGCCUUGCAGCUUCUGAUACUGCAGCAGCCUCUGCUGUUCAGGACCUAGCAAUAGGAGGAGUACUUUGGUUUCCUGACCUUACUUUGCCAGAUUCCACCUGGAUUUUGCCCAUCUCAUUAGGACUUGUAAAUCUUUUAAUAGUUGAGAUUUUUGCUCUCCGGAGAAUCGAAUUGUCGAAAUUUCAGAAAUACGCCACUUACCUGAUCCGUGGAAUCUCAGUGCUAAUGGUUCCGAUUGCUGCAACGGUGCCCUCAUCUAUGGCUCUCUAUUGGUUGACCUCUAGCUGUGUGGGCCUUGGACAGAAUUUGUUGUUACGUUCUCGCAGCCUUCGCACUCUCUGCCAGAUUCCCAAGAUGAAGUCGGACUCAGACACUCCUUUCAGAGACUUAUCAGCGGGACUUGUUGCAAAAUAUUUUCCUAAGAAGUGAUGAACUGUCCUUUCGUGUGCGUAAAAUUCAUGCUGUAACUUGAUGCGUCACUGCGUGGCCUCAUUUCACAUUUCAAAAUCAGAAUGAAUUGAAUGUGCCCAAUUGGCAACAGUCAUGUAAGUCAUAUUAAAAAUGACAUGGUCUGCUGGACAUUGA